AUGGCCGAAUUCAUCCUCGCUGUCCUCACAAGCCCCCAACGUGAAGCCCUUCGGUCCUAUGCUCGUGCUGUGACUGGACUGCCUGGCUUCAAGGAUGACACCGCGAACACUCUCCGCCCAGAUCUCGAGUCCGGUCUUCUCUCUCAGCACGACUAUAAUUCCACUAUAUCCUUCGCGUCCAAGCACCUCGGGAUCUUCCCGCACAUGAGGUUCGUCGAGACGCUCGAGGACCCGGACACAUUGAGUGUGGCCCUGGAAAACGCCCGCGAGAGAUCCGGGUUCCAAGGACAACUAAAUUCACGCGUAAACAAGGCCGAACUGCUGCAAGCAAUCAGGACGAGGAAGGAUGAGAAAGGGGAUAUGCUCAUAGUGGAGGAUAGUUCCUUGGGAGACGGGUACGCUUCGAACGGUUCUACUAGGGACCCCGCGUCGACCGCGAACACAACUCCCGCCCGAGGCACCAACAGUCCACCGCAGCGCUCGAAGGGUGCAUGGGACGCCAUCCGCGAGGCCAACUCGCCCCACCCUGCGAAACAGUCGGUAUGGGAAGAGGUUCGGCAGCGGCAUGAGCGUCAGCGCGUACCUGGCCCGCAGGGCACGGCGACCUUGCAAGCUACGCCUACAGAUGACCAGACCCGCGCGUGA